AACUGUGUCGUGAUCCCAGAGAGCCCAAGCAAGCCCGCACUGGAAUCAACCCGUCGCCCCCAAAGACAAAACCAACCAACCAAGCAAUUCCCCUUCCCCAUCUCCGGACCAGCGCCGCCGCCGCCAGCCAGUCCCCGGACACGGACACCUCGGGCGCGCCAUCCCGCCGUGGAUCACCGCGUGAGGAGGGGCGCACCGGCCGGACCCCGGAGGGCCAGAUGGUGUCCGGCGCCGGAGGGGGCGAGUAGCGCGAUUGGCGGCCACGAACGGAUCGGCGGCGGCGCUGCGAGGCGGCGGUCGGGGCGGGGGCCACCAUGUCUGCGGUAGUGUGCGGCAAGAGGUCCUCCAUCUUCGGCGACGACCUUGUAGCUUCCCCUUCCUCCCCUCCGUCCCCUUCCCACCACCACCACCCCGCCAAGCGGGCCCGCUGCUCCCCGUCCCGCCGGAGGGAGGUUCUGCUCCACCAUCACCUCCUCCCCCUCUUCCCCGACAUGGAUCCCCAGUUGCUUGAAAAAGCUCUUGAGGCCUCUGGAGAUGACUUGGACUCUGCAAUAAAGAGAUUAAACGAGCUGCGCCUGGAGUCAGCUGGGGCUAUGCUUUCUGGCACUUUGUGCGAAUCUGAGAACGGCAUGUCAUCAGCUCUUAAGUUAUCGGCUGAAGGUACCGCCAGUAAUGGUCAUUUGGACGUAGCUACUGAAAACCCACCUGCAACUGAUAACUCUCAGGCAAGUCAUCAUAGCUCUGAAUGGGUUGAGCUAUUUGUCAAAGAGAUGAUGAGCUCCUCAGACAUAGAUGAUGCACGAGCUCGUGCAUCCAGGGCUUUGGAGGUGUUUGAAAAAUCCAUCAUGGAUCGAGUUGGAGCUGAAGCAGUGCAGAAUUUGCAUAGGGAAAAUGUGAUGCUAAAGGAGCAACUGGCAAUAAUUCUCCGAGAGAAUGCUGUUCUGAAGCGGGGCGUUGCGAUACAGCAUGAACGCCAAAAAGACUUUGACAUGAGGACUCAGGAAGUCGACAGCCUGAAACAGUUGGUAUUGCAGUAUCAGGAGCAGCUAAAAACUCUUGAGAUAAAUAAUUAUGCACUUAGAGUGCAUUUGAAGCAGGCUCAGCAGAACAAUUCUAUGCCUGGACGGUUCCCACCUGAUGUCUUCUAAUGCCUUAUCAGGGCUCAGCAGAAUAAUUAUGUACCUAUUAAGAUAUUUGAAGUGAGGGAGAGGGAUUCACUUAUUUCUACUGUGAUAAGUAGACUCAGGACCUUGAGUUCGACUCGAGCGUUUGCAUGUACCAACCAUCAUCGGAGAUAGGCUAUAAAGCAUGGGCAUUAAGGUUCAAAUAUGUUCUGCACCUGGAAGCUGGAAGUUGAUAUGAAAUAGUAUGUUCGGUUGGCUGCUUGCAGCCUGCUUGUAAUAAUGGCUCUUGCAUCUUUGAAGUGUAAGAACUGAUAUAUUGUAUGUAAGCUUAAGACACAAAGAACAAAACAAUGUUUAAAUUGUUUUUUUCACACAUCAA